CAGGGAGGACCUCGGGAAACUACCUCACGAUGAGAUCUAUGACACUAUUUGUACUCCUGGUCGCGGCCGUCCUGGUGACAGCUCGGCCAGAAAUCCUGGACUUCGAGGGCGAGGAUCACCAGCACCAGCAGGAGGGAGACGCCGGGGAGCACGUGGAAGGAUCCUACAGCUGGACGUCCCCCGAAGGCGAGGAGUUCCACGUCCAGUACGUGGCCGACGAGGACGGCUACCGGGUGCUGGAGUCGAACGCCGUGCCCGUGAACCACGACGGGAUGGCGGCGGACGGCAACCAGGGAGCCUUUGGGGAGGAAGAAGGAGAUGGAGGAGAACGAUAAACAUCGAGAAGGAUGAAGAACGAUGAAAACAAAGAGAGGGGGCAGAAAACAGAGGAGGAAGAACACAAACGGAGAAUAAAAGGAACCUUUUUUGUGAUACUUGUGUCUAAAAUCCUUAUGGUGCGACAGUGAAGAUACCUCUCUGCUGUGUAG